AUGGAAAAUGUCAAUGCAACUGCAGCUACUAUACGUCAACAGCAACAACAAUUACAACAGCAUCAGCAGUUGCAGCAACAUCAUCAAGAACAACAGCAGCAGCAUGAACAUCAGCAGCAAUUUUGUUUGCGUUGGCAUAAUCAUCAGACGAGUCUUUUGAGCACAUUGCCAGUGCUAUUAGAUCAAUCUCACCUCACCGAUGUCACUAUAUCAGCAGAGGGACGUACGCUGCGUGCACACCGAGUUGUGCUCAGCGCGUGCAGCACCUUCUUCUUGGAGCUCUUUCGCACCUUGGACACCACCAACCAUCCAAUCAUAAUCAUACCAGGUGCUACAUUCGCCGCCAUUGUGGCGCUGCUAACUUUCAUGUACUCCGGUGAGGUGAAUGUCUUCGAAGAGCAAAUACCAAUGCUGCUCAAUCUGGCCGAGACUUUGGGCAUUAAAGGACUUGCAGAUGUGCAGAAUAAUUUACAGAAAUCUAGUAGACGCGCUGCCACUGCACCGCCAGCGCCACAGCAGCCGACGCAAGAUUUUUUAGACUCUUUGCAUAAAGAAGAAUCAGAUUCACCGGCUACACCACCUACCCCACCGCCUACAUCCACUUCCAUGGCACCACCUACGCUACCACCACCUCUGGCCUGCACCGUGCCACCGCCAAGCGCACAGCUACCGCUGCUCUCUGCUGCGUCAAUGCCAAGCGCUUUCAACACACCGCUACUCGGCAGCAAGCUGCCCACACCGCUGGAAAGUUUCUUCCUAAAGUCGCUGCAAUUUUAUCCGAACUUGCUGCCACAGCCGCUGAACUUUUCUCAAACGGCGCUCAAUAAGACCAGCGAACUGUUGGCCAAAUACCAGCAGCAAUGCAAUAGCUUGUACCAAGACGCGUUGGGUAUCCCGCCUAAGGACAUUUUGCCUACAUUUAGUGGUACUGAAGAUUACGCAGCGGCAACCCAAUUAAGUACGGCAGGAGUCAUCGACGAUGGCGGCGGCGGCGGCGACGGCUAUGGCAUUGCGAAGCGUUUCUGCCUGGGAGACAGGCAACGACAAGUGAGCGUUUCCGCCACGAAGCCGCAAACGUCGCUUCUGCACUACACCCAGCAUCAUCAGCACCACCAGUCACCAUCGCCACAAACGCAUGGUCAGCAUACGUUGGCGCAUAGCCAGCCGACGAUAAUACAACAACAAAAAGACAUUAAACGUAUAGAUAGGAUAGUAGAGAAUUUACGCAAGACACCGUUGAGCGGCGAGAGCGGCUCAACUGCGCUACAGCAGCAUCGACAAUCACCGCAACAACAGCAACAUUUACAGAGUCACCUCCAAGCACCACCACUGAGCGUAAAGACGUCCCUGGGUGCCAAUUAUACGCCUAACUUGCCAUCGCCCCAAUUAAGUAGCACCAAUAUGCCGUGGUCCAUCUCUUCGUCGCCAGCAACCGCCUCCACACAGAGUCAAUUACAGCAGCAUCAUCAACACACACAUGCGUUGUCUUACUUGAGCGCUGACGAUCAGGUGGCAAAACUGCAGCAACAAAUAGAUCAAUUUGCAAGUUGCAGUCGUAGCGCCGCUGCAGCAACCACUUCAACAGCUGCUGAUAGCAAUGAGAAUAAGGCCAACACGCAUGGCGAUGGUAGUCUGCUGUCGGCAUUGACAGAGAAGCCACCGAGUGGCGCGGCGAAUUUAUCGAGCACGCCAAACGCGAGCCCACAGCCGAAACCACCGUCAAACUCAAAGCUCUACGCCACCUGCUUCAUCUGUCACAAGCAGCUUAGUAAUCAAUACAAUUUGCGCGUGCAUCUGGAGACACACCAGAAUGUGCGCUAUGCUUGCAAUGUUUGCUCGCACGUGUCGCGCAGCAAGGAUGCCUUGCGCAAGACUAAGAAAACCCCUCCAGAUAAUCGUCAGAUUAUGGAACAGCACGACCAGGGCAACGAGGUGAACCUUCUGUAUGAAAAUCUGACACGCUCGAUUUGCUCUCACAUAUUCGCACGCAUGCACGAGAAUAUUAUACAAAAUGUUACGCAAAAUCAAUUCAUUUCCAAUUUAUUCUUUCGUUGA